AUGGCCUUUAACUUCGGUGCGUCCAGCCCCGCUGGGGGAAGCGCCUCUGCGGAGCUUGGUUCAGAGCUUCCGGAUGUUUUUACAGAUGAAGUCGGGUUCAAAGGCGUCUCCGGGGAUGCAAAUAUCCGCUUCCUCCCAACGGCAUGGCCCGACGACGCGCUUCCUGCUCCUACUUCCUCACUUCUGGCUGUCGCACACACCAAAGGCCUCAUUGUUGGCGCUGGUCCAGAUGCACUGGUAAUCAGCACCGCCGAUGUUGUGAGAAAGUCAAUCGAGGCGCCGGCUGGAGAAGAUAUGGAGAAAACGAAGCCAUUUCAGCCCAUCGCCACAAUUCCCCUUCCUUCUCGUCCCACUCAUGUGGCAUUCACACCGGGCGAUGACGGCUUGAUUCUCGCCACUGAGAAUGGGCCCGUAAUCUCGAUUUUCGAUACAAACACCCUCGUUCAAGGAAAUGCGCAGCCAGCGAUCUCAAUUCCCACGAAUGGUGUGUCGCUGCGCGCAAUGGUGCCAAACCCCGACCCUUCCUCCACACUUGUCGCGCUGGUCACUGUUAACGGCGAGCUUCUUAUCGCCGAUCUCAAGGCCGGGAGCCUAGUUCAUGGACCCAAUGGCCCGGUCCUCAAGGAUGGCGUCAGCUGUGCUUCAUGGAGCAACAAAGGAAAGCAGCUUGUUGCUGGAUUGGCCGAUGGCACUGGAUAUCAGAUGACCCCAGAUGGAACGAAGAAGGCCGAAGUCCCUCGGCCAUCUGAUUUGGAGGGAGAUUGCCACAUUUCAUCAAUCUCAUGGCUUGAAAACGAUGUUUUCUUUGUGACAUACACACCAAAUGUUUCAGAGGAUGAUAUGGGAAUGAACCCACCUUCUUCAUACUACAUCAUAACCCGCCGUAAGCAGGCACCGUUCCUCAUCCAGAAAUUGCCAGAAGUCUGCUCGACUAUGGGCUUUAUGCUGAAGCGUGGCCCCGCAUUCCAAUUUAUCACCCGAAUCAGAGACUAUAAGCCUCACUUGAAAGAUGUUUUGAUCAUCGCGUCAACUGCGUCGACAGAUCUCGGACUGAUCACGCGAUCUGAUCAACCUCUGGCGAACGAUGAGCGGACUAAGCUCCAUGUUGGUCAGUUCAUGACCACAGAAUUAAGCGAUGACACCAAACGUGCCAGUGUCCCGUUGAAGGACUCUGGAGAUGAGACAUCCGUCAUUGGCCUGGCACAAAAUCUGUCAGCCACGGAAAAUGUCAUUGCACCGCUUCCAGGUUCUGAUAUCCUGGAGAGCUCGACGCCUCUUCCCGGGGUUCUUCUUUUGAAUAAUGAUGGUAUUCUCACAUCUUGGUGGUUCGUUUACGCUGAUUCCAUUCGUCAAAACAUCCCAUAUUCUGGAUUGAUUUCGUCUGGUCAGGCAACCCAAGCUCCAUCUCAGCCACAGGCUAUAGCUUCAACCCCGGCCGCAGCUCCUGCACAGCAACCUACAUUUGGCCGGUCAUCAUUUGGAGCUCCAGCAUUCGGCCGGUCAGGUUUCGGGGAGCCGGCGGGAGCUCCUGCCUUUGGUACCCCGUCACGCAUGGGCGCUUCAACUAUGGGCGCGACUGCUUUUGGGAAACCAAGCUCUCCGGCAUUUGGCAGUCCGUCCCAGCUUGGUGGAAGCUCUACCCCGGCCUUUGGAAAGCCAUCAACCCCGGCUAGUGCUCCCUCUUUUGGGACCCCCUCCCAGCCGGGCGCAUCCUUCGGCACCCCCAGUACUCCUGGGCAACCACAGUUCGGGAAGUCUGGAUUUGGAGUCAUGGGAUCUGGACUUGCACAGCCUAGUGCCCCAGCAAAUCCAUUCGGGGCCAGUGGAGCAGCAUCUAGCGGUGGUGGAUUUAGCUCUUUCUCCGGUGGAGGCGGCUUCAGUGGCUUUGCGACAGCAAAGUCGGGCGAGUCACCAUUCGCAGCAAAGAAGUCAGACGAGUCACCAUUCGCGGCAAAGAAGUCAGGCGAGUCGCCGUUCGCCGCAACACAGUCAAAAGGCUCACCCUUCGGAGCCGCCUCUUCUAGUGAAAGUGCUUUCGCUAAGAGCUCUGCCUCACCCUUUGGAGCCAAGCCUCAGACCUCGUUCCCACCUCCAGCUGCAAAAGAAGCCAAGAAUCCCUUUGGUGGCGCUGCGCAAGGUGGCUUUGAACUCAAGUCUACCUUCAAGGACCAAGUCUCGCCUGCCAAAGAUGAGCCAAAAGAAGACAAAUCUUCUUCCGGGGCGUUCUCAUUUGGUGGCUCCUUUGACAAGAUGGUGUCAACGUCCCGCAAGGGAAGCUCGUCACCGAGUGAAUCAAUGGAUGACACUGAAGAUAUCGAACCUGUGAAUAAGGAGACAUUCUCAAUCUUCGGCGGGGCAAGCAAACCUGCUUCACAGACUCCCACAUCAAUGUUCAGUUCAAAGACAACGACUCCAGCCGGGAACACCAUGUCGAUGUUUGGCCCCAAUGCCGACAAAAACCGCGUGACCAGCCCAUUGUCAGUACUGUCUGAUAAGACAGAGACACCCAAGAAGAAUUGGCCUAACACAUCAAGUAUCGAUGUGGAGGCACCAUUGCCACCCGAUUCCACCAGCCGGGCUAGUUAUGCCGCCGGAGAUACUUCUGCUUCUUCCAACGUGUCGAAGUGCUCCAUGACGCUCCUCUCCCCCCCCGAUUUCCUCUCCCAGAAAAAGCCAGCCUCGAAGACCGAUGAUGCCCCGCUUCCUCCCGACUUCCUCACCCAGAAAAAGCCUGCCUCGAAGACCGAUGAUGCCCCGCUUCCUCCCGACUUCCUCACCCAGAAGAAGUCUGCACCCAAGACAGACGACGCUCCCCUUCCUCCCGACUUCCUCACCCAGAAGAAGUCUGCACCCAAGACAGACGACGCUCCCCUUCCUCCUGACUUCCUAACAAAGCCCAAAAAGCCCGAGGCUGUAGUUGUCCCUGAGGACGCACCUCUGCCGCCUGACUUUACUGCAAAGCCAAAAACUAAACCUUCCGAAGAGGCUGUCCCAAUCCCAGAUGAAUCUGAUGAAUCAGGCAUCUCCGACGAAGACUCCGAGGCCGCAGAUGAGUCGAAUUUCAGCGAUAGCGGCGAAGAAAUCACACAUGAUGAAGCAUUUCUCGCUAAAUCCAAGCCAUCCGCUCAGAGCUCGUUUGGUGCAGUUUCCGAGCAAAGCUCCACCGGAGGAUUCUUCAGCAGUCCUGCUCGAAACGCGGAUGACAAAGGCCGCCUUCCCCGCCAGCUAUUUGGGGAGAUGCCCAAGCAACCACUGCUUCCUCCCCCGGGCCCCAUUUCCCAAGGUAAUCGUGAGCCCUACCGGUCACCGAGCCCGGUUAGGGUCGGAGGGAAAAAGAACGUGCUAUUCUCUGAGAAAUCCCAUAGCCGUAAGGGGUCCACAGGCGCGUUGCACUCGCGCAAGGCAUCUCUUACCCAGAUUGCCCAGCGUGAUGGCCAGUUGAGAAAGGCCAGUGACGUUGCUCGCGAGGAGCAAGAGAAGCAAGCACGCGCACAUGCAGCAGCUCAACUUCAGGAAGAUGAUGUUCUAUCUUUGUCAGACGAUGACGACGACGAUAGACUCCGCGAUGAGCUGGCUCAACCUGUUGAGCCCGUUGAUACCCUGGAUCCAUUUUUGGCCCAUCAAAACUACAUGGGCGAGACCGCAAAGCCAGGGAUUGCCGGCCAGGUCGAACGACUCUAUCGUGACAUCAACUCUAUGGUAGAUACUUUGGGUAUAAAUGCUAGGUCAUUGGCGGGAUUCCUUCUGUACCAGCAGCCCAAUACGCCCUCUGAUAUUGAUGAGUGGGUGAUGGUCCUCAAGAGCGACCAGCCCGCUGACAUUCUCGACACGAAGAUGACCUUGAAGGACAUUGAGAGAUUUGAAGAAAUGAUUGCUUCGAUUGUGCAAUCAUUGGACAACCAGCGGGUACAAGGAGUGGAUGAAAAGCUCGAUGCAUGCCGUGACCUGCUCACAAAGCAGAUCGUCACCUUGCGAGGCCAGUUUGCAAGCAUCCGCAAGACCCUUGACGCACACACUGACAUCGGCGCUAUUCUCGAAGCACCACUUUCUGCCGAGCAAGGUGCGCUCCAGCAUGAUCUGCGCACCAUAUUCACCAAUAUCCAGGUCAAGAUGACCGCGCUUGAACAGGCAGUCUCUCUCCUGCGUGCCAAAAUUGCCGAUAUUCCGCAGGCGAAUAGGACAAGCAGAAACCGGCCAACCGUCGAGGCUGUCACCAAGACCAUUACUACUAUGAUGAGCAUGGCUGAGGGAAAGAGCACAGACAUCGAUGUUCUCGAGGCACAGAUGCGCAAGCUCGGCGUGGACAUUGCUCCCACAGGACCCCCAAGCCGCGAGGCGUCCCCAUUCUCUACUCCUCGCAAGAACAUUGCUGGCCGUAUUCCCAUGACUCCUGGGUCACGAGGCUCGAUUGACGGUAGCGCCUAUCACACCCCCGAGUCCGUUUCGCGCGGUCUCAACUUCCGUGCCAGCAUCAAUGGCUCGGUGAGACACAGCCGUCUCCGCAGCGUGGAGGGUGCUGGCGAGCCUGCCCUCCCGCAAGAAGACGCCAUCGAAUACAAGGCCAAAAAAUCACGUCGUCAGCACUUGAAUGCCAACUUGAAGAAGGCCUUCGAGGACAAGCAGGCCAAGGUGCGCGGCGUCGAUGAGUGGUAG